ACUCGGUCCUGUGUUUGCAGUGCGCACAGUCGGAGCUCCAGCCGCUGCUCCGCUGCUCCGCUGCACUGUGCCCGGACACAGGUCACAGUUCACCGCGGUACAAACAAGGAAGUGUGUCGGUGAGCUCCAGGCUGAAGAUGACUCUCCGAGCUGUGGCGAACCGUCUGUCGCUUUUUCACAGGAGCCGUGUCACGGUUGCGUCCAUUCAAACAGCAGGAGGCGUGAAAUUCAAGAGAACCUCUCCAGUUCAACUGAGUCACCUGGAUCAUCUGGUUCUCACAGUGAAAAGUGUCCCAGACACCAUCAGCUUCUACACCUCUGUCCUCGGCAUGGAUGUCAUCACUUUCAAGGGAAACCGUAAGGCUCUGGGUUUUGGGCAGCAGAAGUUUAACCUUCACCAGCUGGGUCAGGAGUUCGAGCCAAAAGCCAAACAUCCAACCUCGGGCUCUGCGGACCUGUGCCUCAUCACCAACACCCCUCUGGCUACAGUAGCUGCACAUUUGAAGUCAGUUUGUUUCUCUUCUCCUCUGCAGGUUUGUGGAGUGGAAAUAGAGGAAGGUCCAGUGGGGAGAAGUGGGGCUGUGGGGCCCAUCACCUCCCUGUACUUCAGAGAUCCAGACCACAACCUCAUUGAAGUGUCAAACUAUAACCAGGCAACAUCAGAGGGGUCGUCAUGAGACGAUGACCAUGUGAAAAUCCAUCCAAACACUGAACAAACUCCCCUUUGGUUUUGAGACCAAAAUGACUGUAGUUCUGAACACAUGUACACAAUUACUGGAGAUGAUAACAUCAGUUGACUGUGCAGACACACAGUUAAUGUGUAUUUCUACUAAUGUGUGUAAAAAAGAGCUGUUUGAUUUUUACAAAGUAAAUCGGCUGAAAACAAAA